CUCAUACUUCAGUACGAACCGAACCACUCAACUGCGAAGGAGUUUCUUCCUCUUCUUCAAGAAAAAUGCAAUCAAAAUAAAGACGAUAAUGACGACGACACUUUAGAUGACAGUGGCGAUGAUACGAGCGACAUUAGUGAUACCGAAUCUGAGGGAAGUUACGAAAGCAAUGAGGAAAAUAGUAGGAGCUGCCAUGAAAAUGGAAAGAUGGCGCCACCAAAGCUGCCAGCGAAAGAAACCACUCCUCCAUCGACGCAAGAUCUCAGCUCCAGCGGGACAGGCUCAGACCUUGAGAGGGGCGGUACAACGACAAGUUAUUCAAGCUUGGAUGGGAUGGCAGAGAUUCAGUAUGAUCAAAUGAACGAUGAAAGUUUGUCGAAUACAUCGCUGGCAGAGAGCUUUCAAAAGGAGUCGAUCGUCAAGGUACAAGAGCAGCAAGGGGAUGGAUAAGGUUGAUAUGAAACUCAGGGCCGGAUUUAGGGGGUGGCCACAUGGGCCGCGGCCCAUGGCGGCAAAUUUUGCAAUUUUUUAAAUGUAGGUAUGAAAAGAAUUGGAUUCAGAAAAAAAUUACAAACGAGAAAAGGCGACAAAAUGUCUCAUUUCCAGAAAGUACAGUAAGUUCUAAUUUUGUCGUCUUUCGGUGAUGCCAGAGACAGCACCUUUAAUUAGUCGAGUAAAGAGAGAAACCAAACACGCAAUUUGGCCUGGAACGGCGCGGCGCAGAGGGCAAUGAUGACGAGGACUUGAGAUGAAAAGGAGAAGCCCUCGGCGUAGCGGUCAGCGUGUAACACAUAUUAGCGCGUACAAGACUCCAUGAAUACUUCACGCAUUACGUCAAACUGAGUACGUCAGCAGUGGUGGACUUGAAACGCACAGCGCCUACAAGACUGCAUGAAUACUUCACGCAUUGCAUCAAACACAGUGCGGUCAGCGCGGCGCGGUGGCAGA